UUCCGUAGCAAAGUGCCCAGUACUCGCAGUUGCCGCGGAGGGAAGCUCUCUGGAAUCUCUCAAGCCCAAAAGGAUUAGCAGUGGUCCCAAUCAAUCGAUACCCUUUUAACCCGACAUGGCCAGUCACUUGCCCAAAGGUGGUGCCCUUGUCCUCGUGCUCAAUCUUCUCCUGCUUUCGCAAUGGGAGACCGAGUCAAAGCUGCUGACACGUUGCCAAUUGGCUAAGGAGUUGUUGCGUCACGACUUUCCCCGCAGCUAUCUGUCCAACUGGGUUUGUUUGGUGGAAGCAGAGAGUGGACGCAGUACAUCCAAAUCUAUGCAGCUUCCCAACCAGAGUGUCAGCUAUGGACUCUUUCAGAUCAACAGCAAAAACUGGUGUCGCAAAGGUCGUCGUGGAGGAAUCUGCAACAUCAAAUGCGAAGAGUUCCUAAAUGAUGAGAUCUCGGAUGACUCACGCUGCGCCAUGCAGAUCUUCAACCGCCACGGAUUUCAGGCCUGGCCCGGCUGGAUGAGCAAAUGUCGUGGGCGCACGCUGCCCGAUGUUUCGCGCUGCUAGGACUGCUCUUUGACUCGCUCUUUGCCUUAACUAACUAUAUGCAUAGCUACUAAAUCACAUAAAGCUUAAGUUUAAGUUACUAUGUUUGAAAAAGUGUGUUUAUUUUUCCCCGAAUCAAGAGAUUAAAAUGAUUUCAGGAAUUUCCCGCUAUCAGCUUGGAGCCAAUUGCAAUUGCAAAGCUGAUGAUUUUUUUUCAAAAUGCUAAUCACUCACCUUAGACUAAAUAUUAAUAAUAUUUUAAUUUGAAAAGUUGUUCAGAGUUUCC